AUGUGCGACUUUCCAUCACUAUCCGGCUUUAAUCGCUCUCGCGGCUUCAAUCGCUCCAGGCUCGCCGCAUUUCGCGUUCCGGUCGCCGCGAAGGCAGCUGACGGCGUGGUCGUCGCAGCAGCGGCAGUCGCGGCGGAUUUGGCGGUGGGGAAGAGCGCAAAAGCGGCGGAAUUCGAGCGAACGGCCGGAUGCCGGCGAUACGUGUACCACGUGGAAGGAGGAGGACAGGUGACGGCAUACGUGGUGGAGCGCAACGGGUGUUUCGACGUGCUGCUGGAUGUUGCUACUGCUGACAUGCAGUGCCGUCACGACCUGCCGCUCUGCAUCCACUGGGGCAUAUUCCGCUCGGACCGCUCCAUGUGGUUCCUUCUGAACGACUCCCAGACACCGCCAGGCACUGUGUUCCUCAGAGGAAAGACCGACGCCAUGCGCACGGUGCUGCAGGACGACGCCACGCCCGGGCACCGCUCGCUGCUGCUCUCUUUUGACGCGGAGCUCGCCCCCUUCUCCCUCAACCUCGUGCUCUUCCAACCGCUGCCUGGCAUGGCCGGCAGCGGCAUUGGAGACAAGUCUCUGGAAGGGCUCUGGCUGAGGAACUCCCGGCAGAUGGACCUAUGCGUGCCCAUCGGCAUGGGCCGCGGCAGCGCGAGCCCUUUGGGGGCCACGCCCAAAGCAGACGGGUCGGUGAACUUUGCGCUCUACUCGCGCUACGCUGAGGGCGUGGUGCUCUGCCUCUACCUGCCUGACGACGCGGAACCCACGCUGGAGAUCGAUCUGGAGCCGUCCAUUCACCGCACGGGAGAUGUGUGGCACGUCAGCAUUGAUGCUGCUGACGUGAGCAGCUUCACGCGCUACGGGUACCGGGUGCAGGGCGACCCUGACUGGGAGGGGGGAAACCGCUUCCACUCGCGCCUUGUGCUCAUGGACCCCUACGCCAAGGAGAUGGCUGCACACGUGCCCGGCCAAGAGGACCUGCCAUCGCCAGCAGCAGCGUUGGCCGUCAUCCCCACCAUGCAGGAGCCGCCCUUCGACUGGCAGGACGACUUCCCCCCCAACAUCCCAUCGGAGCAGCUGGUGGUGUACCGCCUCAACGUGGCAGCCUUCACAGCGGACGAGAGCAGCGGGGUGAGCGAGGCGGGGCGAGGCACGUUCCAGGGCGUGCUGGAGAAGGUGGAGCACCUGCUGUCACUAGGUAAGGAAGAGUGA